CUAUAAAAGUAUAAAUCAUCGUCUCGUAUGAGAUCUAGGGUUUUAUUUUUUCUUAUCAGUGCAGGCGGUCGGUAAGUUUCUGCUCAAGGAAAAUGGUGAAGGGUCGUCAAGGGGAAAGAGUCAGACUCUACACCAGAGGAACGAUUCUGGGCUACAAGAGGUCGAAGUCGAACCAGUACCCAAAUACAUCGUUGGUUCAAAUUGAAGGAGUUAACACGAAAGAGGAGGUAGGAUGGUAUCAAGGGAAACGCAUGGCGUACGUGUACAAGGCAAAGGUGAAGAAGAACGGAUCACAUUACAGAUGCAUUUGGGGAAAGGUUACUAGGCCUCAUGGUAACACUGGUAUUGUGCGUGCUAAGUUCACGUCUAAUCUUCCUCCCAAAUCCAUGGGAUCUAGGGUUAGAGUGUUUAUGUACCCAAGCAAUAUUUAAGGUUUAUUCAACAUUGGUAUGAGGAUGUUGCUGCUUUUAUUUUCAUUGUUCUUGUAGUAGUUUUUUGAUGGUUUGUGAUGGAAGCUUUUAUUUUUUUAUAUGGAAAAACAUGUCUAGAGCAUUACAAUGCCUUCUACCUUUUCUUAAAGAUUGCGAGACUACAUGUUCAAAUGAAUUUCAUCAUUAUAUACAAUGCAUGUAAUGAUCAAAUUCUAAUAGGAUCUAGUUUUGGACCAAGGUAAAAUUGUUUAAAUCAAGUUGAAGUUUGAUGGUUUUCA